AUGUCUUCUACCAGAGCAUAUCUGGGGCAUGUGGAGGUCGAGGAGUCUCGUGGCAUGCACAUCUGUGAAGAUGCCGUCAAGAGAUUGAAGACGGACAGAAAGUUCUUCAAGGGCUUCUUUGCAAAAGCGGGUAAGAAGGCCGUGCGAGCGGUGCUCUGGGUGUCUGCGGAUGGCCUGAGGGUCGUAGAUGACAAGACAAAGGAUCUCAUUCUAGACCAGACGAUAGAGAAGGUGUCCUUCUGUGCACCGGAUCGUAACUUCGAGCACGCCUUCUCCUACAUCUGCAGAGACGGGACCACGCGCCGCUGGAUCUGCCACUGCUUCAUGGCCAUCAAGGACUCGGGCGAGCGUCUGAGCCAUGCGGUGGGCUGUGCGUUUGCAGCGUGUUUGGAGCGCAAACAGAAGAGGGAGAAGGAGUGCGGGGUCACGGCCACUUUCGAUGCCAACCGCACCACUUUCACACGGGAGGGAUCCUUCCGCGUCACCACAGCCACGGAGCAGGCCGAGCGAGAGGAGGUCAUGAGACAACUGCAGGAUGCUAAGAAAGACUCUGAGGGUGUGUUGGGUGGCUCCUCUGUCAGCGUGGCUAACCCUGUGGUCACCCUGGCUGGACCCAAUGGCUCGUCAUCCUCCCCUCCUCUGCCCAUGGCCACACUGGCCCCUCAGGAAGCCAAUCCUCACGCCAUCCCGCGACGCCACGCCACUGUGGAUGCAAUCGCGCGCCAGGGCUCGUUCAGGGGCUUCCCUGCGCUCAGUCAGAAAACCUCUCCCUUCAAACGGCAGAUGUCGCUGCGCAUGAACGAGCUGCCCUCCACCAUGCAGCGCAAGUCAGACUUUCCCAUCAAAAACACUGUGCCGGAGGUGGAGGGUGAGGGCGACAGCAUCAGCUCUCUGUGCACUCAGAUCACAUCCACCUUCAGUGGGCCUCCAGAGGACCCGUUCUCCUCAGCGCCGAUGCCCAAACCCGCCUCCUCACCGCAGUCACCCUCUGCUCCAGUUAACGGUGCAGUUCCUGCCUUCCCGCCGCCUAGUGUCACUGUAAUUGCUGCAGCUAACUCACCCGUGCUGCCGCCCCCACUGCCUGUCCGAGAGACUAACCCCUGGGCCAAGACCCCAAACACGGCCCCCACCACAGCACACAUAGGGAGCGAGUGGGCAAAUCCUGCACCCACAGCAGGAGCCUUACCUGCUCUUUCUUCACCUGCCUCCUCUCACAAACGUACGGCAUCGGAAGCCGACCGCUGGCUGGAGGAGGUGACCAAGUCUGUGCGAGCCCACCAACCCGCCAUCAUCACAAGAACCAACACGCCUCCCGCUCAGCAGCCCUUCCCCGCCCCCGGCCCUUCUGCACCCUUCAUGCCAGGCAUCCCUCCAUCCGCGGUUCCUACCGUACCCCCACGCCAGCCGGCUUUCCAUGCUCAGGCACCGGCGUCCUUCCCAGUGUCCAAUGGAAUCCCGUUUGUGCAACCAGCCUUUCCGGUGGUCGGCAUUACACCUUCGCAGAUGGUAGCCAACGUGUUCGGUUCUGCCACGCAAACUCAGCCCAUCCCGGUACCUGUUCAGGUGCCCCAGGCGCAGCUCCAGUCUUCACCCUUCUCCACACCACCAACAGGCCAGUUUGACACCCAGGCUGUGUGCAGCCCCUUCAGCAAACCGCUCCUACCUCCGGUGUCAAACUCCACAGCGCUGCAGCCACCGAAAGUCAAUGCCACAUUUAAUGGGGCAAACAGCUGGACGGCAGUGUCGUCACCGGCGCAGUCUGUGGCAGUGCAGCCACAGGCCGAUGCCUUCGAGGCCCAGUGGGCCGCACUGGAGAGCCGCUCGCAGCAACGCACCGCUCCAUCACCCACAAACCCCUUCUCCACCGAGCUCCACAAGACAUUUGAGAUCCAACUCUAAGCCACAUUGAAGGACAUUCAUGGAGAGACGACUAUUGAGGGAACGACCCCGCAAACCACUUCAGCUCCAUAUCUCCGUCUUUCGAUUUCUUUGUCUGUUCAUCCGUGUCUGGUUUUUGCUUGUGACAUGAACAAAUAGAGACAAGGGGGUUAAUGAAGGUGCCCCCAGAAAUGCAGCGAGUACAACUUCUGGCAUUUAUGGCGCAGUGAUGUCCAAGAUGAAUUAGAGUGACAAGAUGAUGGUAAAAGGAAUCUUUAGAUGCUCUAACGUUGACCCUGUAUUGUUCAGUACUCCCUCUACCCCUCUAUCUCACAGCGCCCCCUAGCAGGCUGGAUGACUGCUCCCUACCUGAAGGACGAGGCACUUCAUAGACCUUCCAGGUUCACGAGGUUCUUGUAGAACUUCGCAAUCAGAAGAGGAAGAAGCAUGAGAAUGCCAAAAUCUUUAUUUUUAUGCAUUAAGUAUAUUUUAAAUAGCUUUGAAAUUUAACUGAAGAGCUGUAAAUAAUCUUUCCAAAGGUGCAGGCUUAUUUUGUGUGCAUACAGGAACAGAGCAUAUAUAUAUAUAGGCGUGAAGGGAUGGUUUUCAUUUCUCGUCUCUAUUCAGUUUUAGUCUUCUGGCCACCAUGCAUAGUUUGGAUGUUCGUCUUUUGUAAAUAGAUAAUCCAUUUGUACCCAGACCGGGUUUGAGGGUCUUUAAAUCACACAGGUCCCAGACAAUGUUAUCUUUCAUGCUGCCAUUUUAACCUUUUUUUUUAAUUAUUUUUUUUUAACUAUAGUAUGAGUACUUUGAUUUCUAUUGCCUACAUAUCAUUAUAAUUUUUUUAAUGAAUUUUAACACUAUUGACAGUGUCAUUCGUUCAAGCCACUUUUAUUUUAUUUCGAUAAAAGAUAUACAUUUUAGCACAAGCACUGUACUAAUCGAUCAUUUGGCCACUUACGGUUAAUGUGGCGUUAGUGAGCUAUGAUGAGGUCUUGAAAUGACCUGUGGUUCUUACUCUACAAUGAUUGCAGUGAAUUUUUCUUUUCCUUCUUUUCAUGCAAUCCCAUCAACCCUUUUGUUUUAUCUGACGCAAAGAUGAUUGGUCCUGUUUUUAGGUUUUGAUUCCAUUUUGUAAGUAUUGCAUUGCAUUCCAGUUCUUUAUGGAAAAUGUAAUCUGAAAGAUUGAAUAAAACAUUGGUGGUAGAGGAAA